ACCUCAGCGGAGGCACAUAUCAGCUCCUUUUGUUUUGACGCGCUGUUGGUGGAGCAAGGGAUACCAAGCAUGAGAUCCCUAAGUCUAUUGCUACUCAGCGCCAGCUGCGCGCUAAUCCUUAGCUUGGCCUAUGCCCAUCCCCCCGAGGGAGUGUGGAAGAAGAAGCUCACCUGGAAGGAGGAUUGGGUGCAGGUGUGGAAGACCGUCAAGAAGGAGGCGUGGGAGACCAAGUGGAAGAAGGUCUCGGUACCCAUUUGGAAGGAAGUUAAGGUUCCCGUCUGGAAGGAAGAACAGGUGCCCGACUGGAAGAUCGUGAAGAAGCCGAAGAUCGAGGAGAGGGAGGUGCCCGCCUGGAAGGAGGUCAAGGUGGCCGACUGGAAGAAGAUAACGAAGCCCAUUUGGGUGCCCACCAAGGUGGCCGUGUGGAAGGAAAUCCAGGUGCCCAUUUGGAAGGAGGUGCAGGUUCCCUUCUGGAAGGAGAUUCAAGUGCCCGUAUGGAAGGAGGUACAGGUGGCAGACUGGAAGCAAAUGUUUGAGCCCCAAUGGGUGAAAAUGGGCAUUCCCGGCGAGAAGUUCUUGGGCAAGGAUCACGAGGGCUGGGAGUACACCAGCCACGAUCUCUGGCGCAAGAAGCUGAUCUGGAAGCCAGUGUGGAAGAAGGUCUGGCGCACCGAGAAGAAGCAGGAGUGGAAGACCGAGAAGAAGCAGGAGUGGCGCACCGAGAAGAAGCAGGAAUGGAAGACGGAGAAGGUCCAGGAGUGGAAGCAGGACAAGAAGCUGGAGUGGAAGGAUGAGUGGAUUCAGGUGUGGAAGACCGUGAAGAAGCAGAUCUGGAUCAAGGAGAAGCGCGAGACCUGGAUCGAGGAGAAGGUGCAGAUCUGGCGCACCGAGAAGCGCCAGGUGUGGGCCACCGAGAAGCGGCAGGCGUGGAAGGACGAGUGGCAGUCGGUCAAUGUGCCCGUCUGGAAGGAGGUAAAGGUCCAGGAGUGGAAGAAGGUCUGGAAGCCCGUCUGGGAAAAAGUCUGGGUGCCAGUGAGCCAUGGCCACAGCCACGGCUGGGACUAGGUCCAGGUCACGGACCCGGCUCCGGGUCCGCGCUUAGCCUUCGGCUACGCGACAGCACUGAUAUCUGAUAACUGAUCCCGCUGCCCCUCCGGGAAUCUGCCCCAGUUUCCGCAGAUCGCCUUUGUGUACAACUGAACCCGUUGAAAUUGUUGCAUAGAUUUAAAGAUGUAAGACAUUACGUCCCCCCAUCCAUCCUCCUACUACCUCCCCACCCUUCAUUUUGUACAAACUUUUCAUAUCUUUCGUUAUCCGCUGGAAUUAUCAUCUCUUUCUGUCCCUCUCUCUGUCACUCCAUCUCGCUUUCCCAAGUGUACAAAUUAGUCAUGCGCGCGUUUUUGUCUUUAAGUUAUACGAAAUUCAAUAAAAAAAAACAAAAAAUUGUACAGAGCUUUGGUAUUUUUAGACCUUUUGAGUAUGUGUAGGUGUGCGAAGUGUUGCAAGGGCAGCCCCCGAUAAAAUGGCUUUGUAAAUAUGUACUUAAACAUAAUUAUAAUCCGCAUACGGACCACACACACACACACACACACGAAAAUUGAUGUACAGAAACCACUUCAUGUAAAGCUGACAUA